CAGUAUCAAUUGUGUGUUAUUGUUUCGAAAUAGAUAACGUAGAACACUUAAUUUCUAAUGAUACUUAAUUUCUCAAUAGCUUGAAAACGUGAGAGUCAUUUGUUUAAUCAGUUAACCUAUUUAAUUAAGUGUUAAUCAAACCCGUGUCUCUGUCUCUGUGUUUUUACCGAUUUCAAGAAAAUAUGCCGAGCUUGUCUAUCUGAUGCCGGUCCACUUAGAGAGCUUUUUACAGCUUGUACCGCUGGAGUAUUUAAGUAUUGCACUUCUGUUGAGGUUUCAGACACAGAUGCCCUUCCAAAACUUAUUUGCCAAACAUGUCUAGAUUUACUAAAUAAGUUAUAUUAUUUUAAACAAGUAGUUGUCCGAUCAAAUGUCAUAUUGAAACAGCAAUGUCGAUUACAGAAUCUGCAGACUAAAAAUGAUCAACAGCCAAGUGACGGGAAUGACAUUGUUGAGGUAAAUAUAACGGAGCUCAAUGAGGAAGUCAAAAUGCAUGACAAUAAUAUGUCAGGAGAUAGCAGUGAAAACUUGGACAGAACGGAGAAGCCUUCAGCAGAUGCUAUUCUUAUUAGCCAAAUCCUGUCAAGGCGAAGAAGACGAGGGCCAGGACGACCCCCUAAAGAUCCAGAUGGCCCCAAAAGAAGACGAGAACGCAUGAAGUGCAUGAAAUGUGGAAAAAGUUUCCAGAAAUACGAAAACUUCGAGGCGCAUAUGCGCGGCCACUUUGGAAAGAAGCCUGACAUUAAAUGCAAGCACUGCGAGAAGUCGUUCCUGUCCCUGCGCAGCCUCAGCAGCCAUGUGCGCAUUCACACCGCGGUACGCAAAUAUCAAUGCCUGACGUGUGGGAAAAGCUUCGCAUACUUGAACGUGCUCAAAAACCACGAGCUGAUACAUGCCGGCAUCAAGAAACACCAGUGCCACCUUUGUGAUGCUAAGUUCGUCCAGGCAUACAAUCUCAAGAUGCACUUGGAAACCCACAACAAUCAGAAAAACUACAGCUGUUCUCAAUGUGGAAAAAAAUUUGCACAGCCUGGAAACCUGAAGAUACAUUUAAUCCGUCACACAGGCAUAAAAAACUAUGCAUGCACAAUGUGUGAAAUGCGCUUCUAUAUAAAGGCCGAUCUUGUAAAACAUAUGAGAUCACAUUCUGCUGAGAAACCCUUUUCGUGUCAACUUUGUGAUAAGACUUUCAAAAGCAGGAGUUUUCAAGCAAUACAUAUGAGGACGCACACUGGUGAACGUCCAUAUGCCUGCGAUCUUUGCCCUAAAAAGUUCAUGGCUAGAAAGGAUCUUCGCAAUCAUCGAAUGAUCCACACUGGAGAAAAACCUCACAAAUGCCAGCUCUGCAACCAGGCAUUCAUACAAAAAUGUGCUCUCAACAGACACAUGAAGGGUCACGGUAAAGCCAAUGAAGAUGCACAGAAUCUCAUCAGAGCUCCACUUCCACCGGUUAACAACACUCCUCCACUGCCUGUAGCAUAUGCUCAGUGGCAUACCAACUGAUUAUUGUGUUAUAGUGGAGAUGGGACUCAGUUUUAUGGAUAGUGAAAAUAAACGGUAAAGAAAAGAUAUCUACUAAAUUAUCUGUCUCUAUCUGGCUCUAGUCAAAGUUCCAGAUGUUGAAUGUUUAUUUGUUGCAUUUGUUAUUGCAGUUUCAUCAGCAGCAAUUAUUCUGCAGUUAGCAAUAUUGUGUAAAAGAUACAAUUUUUACUGAUAGAUUGUUGUUUAUUUGAAAUAAACGAGUUUAUAAAAAUAAAUUUGCGAUCACAUAAAAAUACAUAAUCUCUAUUCUUAUUACUAAAAUAUAAUUUCAUCAUAACAUAUAGUAUUUCUAAAAUCUAAAAAUAAUGAAGGAGAAAAUAUAUUAAUUAAUUGUUUUUACUUACUUUAGUGAGUGGAAAUUUAUUAUGUGUGAUUUUGAACUGUUGGCGUUGAUGUAUUAUUCAAAAAUCAUUUAUUAUCAUUGUAAAAAAAGUUGUUGGUGUUAUGUUGGUUAUUUUGAUUACUCAGUUGCUAUCUAUCUAUCUAUCUAUAUAUCUUUGACAUUAGCAAUUUUUAUGGAGAAAUAUUACCAUUUAGAAGAAAUCUAUAUAUGUACAUAAAACUAUUUGUGAUGCCAAUUAAUUGUAACUCAUUAUACCACCACCUAGACCAUUAGCGCAUAUAAUUUGAUGAGUUUGUACGCCUCUAGCAUUCCAUAAUGAGUAUUAACAAGUAAGAGCAUGUCUGCCAGCUGACACAAUCUUUCCCACCUUUUCACAAUAAGUGGGGCACCAGAACAGCAAAGAGAAACAUAAAGAUUUGCGAUGAUAUAUUUUUGGAGUAAUCAUUAAUUAAUAUUAUAUUAUUUGGUGCCAGUUUUUAUUUAUUAGGCUAUUUUCUAUCUUUGA